AUGUGUUUUGAAAAAGAUCAUCCCUAUAAAUCCUUACGAACAUCUAUCAAACACAAUAAUCAAGAACAUGUCUACUACGAUGUAUCCCAAAUUAAUCCAGAAAUAUUCUCACAAUUACCAUUCUGUCUUCGAAUUCUACUUGAAUCCACUGUUCGUCAUUGUAAUAAUGUCUCGAUCGAAAAUAAACACGUGCAGCAAAUUCUUAAUUGGCAACAUAACACAUUACCAAGUAGUGAACUGCCAUUCUUACCUAGUCAAGUUCUUAUGCAUGAUUUCUCGGGUUUACCAGCAAUUAUUGAUUUGGCAGCGAUGCGUGAUGCAGCUGUUCGACUAGGUAUUGAUCCACUGACGAUUCAACCAAGUGUACCAACAACACUUCUACUGGAUUAUUAUAAUAUGGAUGCUGAUGUGGCUCGAAAAAUCGUAAGAAAAACAACGGACACGAAUAGUUCCACAAAUUUGGAAUGCGGCUAUGAAUUAUGUCCGUUUCAUCAAGAAAAAACUGUUUGUGCUGAUGCCAUUGAAAGAAAUCAACAACUAGAAUUUGAACGUAAUAUUGAAAAAUUACAAUUAAUGAAAUGGAGUGCAAAAGCCUUCAAUCAAAUAUCCAUCAUCCCACCAGGAAUGAGUGUGUGUCAACAGUUGUAUCUAGAAUAUUUAUCAAAAUUGAUUUUAUUCGAACAAGCAAAAGAUGAAAAACUCACACUAGUAUAUCCAGAUACUUUCAUUGGCACUGAUACACAUACGACACUUGCCAAUGGAUUCGGUGUGCUCAGUUACAAUAUGGGUACAAUCGAAGCCGAGGCAGCAAUGUUUGGACAACCGAUUCAUAUACGUUUGGCAUCAGUCAUUAUCGGUUGUCGAUUUGUUGGUCAGCCACACUUUAUGUUAACAUCAAUUGAUCUAAUAUCCGCUGUUAUGAAAUAUCUUCGUCAGAUUGGUCUUGAUAACAAAUAUAUUGAGUUUUUCGGUUCAAGUCUUAGUUAUUUAACUAUCGCGGAUCGUUCGUCGAUGGCACAUCUAUGCGUAGAACAAGGUGCUCUUCUAGCUUACUUUCCUCUGGAUGAUUUCUGCCUGAAACACUAUGCUCGUACUGGACAAGAUCCUUCUUUAAUCGAUACAAUACGAAAUUAUUUAGUUCAAGCUCAACUAUUCAGUGACAAUAUUCAACACGAACACAUUGUUUAUAGUGAUGUUUACGAAUUCGAUUUGUGCACUGUGGUACCCAGCUGUAGUGGACCGAAGCGUGCACAAGAUAAAGUGUCUUUAUGUUCGAUGAAAUCGGAUUUUCGAGAAUGCCUUACUGCACCAUCUGGAUUUAAAGGUUAUAAUCUGUCGGUUGAUCAGCUGGAUUGUUCGACGACAAUUUCUUCGAAUGAAGUUUUAAAACAUGGUUCUAUCACUCUUGCUGCGAUAACAAGCAGCACAAAUGGAAUUAGUCAUGCUACAUCCUUAUUAACGACAGGUUUAUUAGCCAGAAAUGCUCUUAAGCAUAGUCUUCGAAUAUCGAGUUUUACUCAAACUUAUCUCUCUCCUGGCAGUGGAAUAGUUACUACAUAUUUGCGUGAAAGUGGAGUUCUAACAGCUCUAGAACAACUAGGUUUUCGCAUCACUGGCUAUGGAUGUCAAAAAUGCAUUCAAAAUGAAGAAAACAACACGUUCAAACCGGAUAUCAAACAAAUUAUCAAUCAAGACAAUUUAAUCACCAUUGGUAUGGUAAGUGGUGCACGACAAAUUCAACAGCGUCACUCGCUAGCAAAAGCGAAUUAUGUGACAUCAUCACCAUUAGUUCUCGCUUAUGCACUAGCGGGCAAUGUGCUGAUCGAUUUAGAAAAUGAAACGAUCUCGGUCAAUGAGAAGACUAUUUCCAUGCGAGAUAUCUGGCCAACACGUCAGGAGAUUGAAGAGAUCGAAGAUAAAUUCAUUAUCAAGAAAAUCUUGCAUAGAAUCAAUGAAAGGAUUCAAACGGGUAACCCACAAUGGAAUUCCAUAAAAAUCCCUGCAGUUCACACGCAUUUACAAUAUCCAUGGGCGGAAUAUUCAACUUACAUAACUCGUCCACCAUUCUUUGAUACUGUAAUUAAACAGAAUACUCUAUCGAAUACGAUUUCUAUCGAAAAUGCACGUGUACUGCUCUAUUUGGGUGAUCAAGUUUCUACUGAUCAUAUUUCUCCAGCCGGUUCUAUAUCUCGAACAUGUCCAGCAGCAAAAUAUCUUACACAGAAAGGUAUCGCUCCACGUGACUACAAUUCGUUCGGUUCUCGUCGUGGAAACGAUGCUAUUAUGGUGCGCGGUACAUUCAAUCAUGUUCGUUUGAACAACAAACUUGUUUCGAAACGUCCAUCAUCAUUACUUCCGACCUCGUCGCCAUCACCAGCUACGACUACACUCUAUCAUCCAACAAACACUGAGAUGGAUAUUUUCGAUGCAUCCGAACACUAUCGUAAUGCGAAAAUACCGCUCGUUGUUCUUGCCGGUCGAGAUUACGGUUGUGGACCAUCGAGAGAUUGGGUUGCGAAAGGACCAUGGAUGCUCGGCGUUCGAGCUGUGUUGGCCGAAAGUUUCGAACCGCAACACCGUUCAAAUCUAAUCGGCAUGUGUAUCUUGCCAUUGCAAUUUCAAAAUGGUGAUACAUGUGCAUCAUUACACUUAACUGGAAAGGAAAUUUUUUCAAUCGAAUAUAAUAUUUACAAUAAUGACAAAUUAGCCAUGAUUAAAUUGGAAAAUGGUAAAACAUUUUCAAUGAUUGCUCGCGUUGAUACGGAAAUCGAACGUCUUUACAUGCUUCACGGCGGUCUUCUUAACUAUGUUCUUCGACAAACAGUGAAUUCCAACUAA